UCGAAUUCCAGAGAAGAUCGCCAUCUUUGAAGACGAACAGACGGAGACAUUUUUCAGUUUCUUUGUUUAUAGUAUUUACUGAACCAGAACUCUACUUUUCUGAAUCCCACGAUCGUAAAGAACAGAUGCGGCACUCAAAGCGUAUGCGCUCCCCGGGUGUUUGGCUUGACGAGUACAGCUGGGAAGAGAGAAUGGAGUGUCGUAAGCGAAAGAAACACGAUUCGCACAGCAGCGAACGAGAAAACAAGUCUAGAAAAACUCACCGUCACCACAAAACGUAUGAUGGGCACUACUUGGAGACCCGCAGUUUGAACCAGAGGCUGGACUCACAGGAAGGAACCACCAGGGAGCGCAGUUUGGGCAUGGCCUGUGAGGAGGCCAGUCGUGAGGGCACCUGCAAGGAAAAAGACCGCGACUGGCAUCACUACAGCAAGUCAUCGGGGCGCAGUGGUCGGAGUGGUCGCAGCAGGCGGAGCAGCCGCAGGCACAGAGACAGACGGCGCAGACGUAGCCACUCUCGCCACAGGUCCUCCUCGAGGAGGAGCCAUCAGCGCAGGAGCAGGAAAAGAUCCAGGAGUGUUGAGGAUGAUGACGAGGGUCACCUCAUCUAUCACAGUGGAGACAUGCUGAGAGCGAGAUAUGAGAUUGUGUGUACACUAGGAGAGGGUGCCUUUGGGAAGGUUGUUGAGUGCAUUGAUCACACAAAUGAUGGAGCUCGAGUGGCUCUGAAGAUCAUUAAAAACAUAGACCGCUACCGUGAGGCAGCAAUGUCUGAGGUAGAGGUGCUUGAACAGUUGAAGUCCCUUGACACUGAUCAGAGAUAUGCUUGUGUACACAUGCUGGACUGGUUUGACUACCAUGGCCAUGUUUGUAUCGCCUUUGAACUGCUCGGCCUUAGCACCUAUGAUUUCCUCAAGGAAAACAACUUCCAGCCUUUCCCCAUUGACCACAUCAGGCACAUGGCAUACCAGAUCAUCCGGGCUGUGCGAUUUCUGCACAACAAUAAGCUGACUCACACAGAUCUGAAGCCUGAGAAUAUUCUCUUCAUUGAUUCAGACUAUUAUAUGGAGUACAAUCCUGAAAUGAAACGGGACGAACGAACAUUGAAGAACCCAGACAUAAAAAUUGUGGACUUUGGUAACGCCACAUAUGAACACGAGCACCACACGUCUGUGGUGUCGACGCGUCACUACCGUGCUCCUGAAGUCAUUUUAGAUUUGGGCUGGGACCAUGCCUGUGAUGUCUGGAGUGUAGGCUGCAUACUCAUUGAGUACUACCUUGGAUCUACACUCUUCCAGACUCAUGACAGCAAAGAGCACCUUGCUAUGAUGGAGAGAGUCCUGGGGCCCAUCCCAACAAACCUCCUGCAGAAAACCAAGAAGCGGCGGUAUGUUCACCGGGGCAAGCUUGACUGGGAUAUGCACAGCUCUUCUGGGAGAUAUGUCAGGAAACACUGUAAACCCCUCAAGCAUUACAUGUUGUCUAAGUGUGAAGACCACCACCAGCUGUUUGACCUGAUUGAGAAGAUGAUGGAGUAUGACCCAACCAAACGCAUCAGUCUGGAGCAGGCCCUCCGCCAUUCCUUCUUCUCCUGUUUCCGCAAGAGCAGCAGCAGCAGCAGCAAAAGCACCAGGAGCACCAGCAGCAGAAGCAGCAGCAGUUGUAGCAAAAAGGACUGAACUCCUGAACCUGUAAACGUCUGACCCUAAGCUCGGGUCGGAGUCUGGCUUUCACUGUGACGUUUGCCAUAGUGCACAGUGCCAGCCUCUACUUCCUGACUCUCCAGGAGAGAAGUAUCUUAACUGACUGUAUCAGUCCACUGCCCCGCUUUGCUGUGUCCUGUCCAAAAACCAGUGUGUUCUUUCAACAAGUUCUCAUUUGUGGCAUGUUUUGAUGUGACGAAUCUCCAGAAUUUUUAUUUAUUUGCCAUUGUAAUUUAAUUUGUAGCUCCUAAGCAUAUACUGGUAGAGCUGUUUUUUAUUCAUGAGUAGUCCUGAUGUGUCCACGUCUGCAUUGUAAAGUAGGUGAUGGAUAAUGUAACAGAUUGAGAAUUGCUCGACCCUGCAUCAGUCUCACCAGUGAUAAUUUAUUCAGUACUGUAGAUGAAAAAUAAGCUAUUGCGGGCAGUAAAUACUUGUACAUGGAAUUUGUUUAGAUUUUUUUUUCACUGACUGGUAAUGUAACUUUUGCAGACAAUGUACAUUUUUUCAAUAAACAUGAAUGGGUGACAGAA